AUGAACUCACUUUGUGGAAGCUCAAAUCCCAUCAAAGAAAAAUGUGUUCAACCAAAUUCUUCAAAGAAAAAUGCCACAAAUUCUUGUGAUGAUUUAGAUCAAAUUAGUAGUAUUCUAACCCCACAAAGCUUAAACCUACCCUCACUCAAAUUUGACUUAGAUGGUGAUGUGGAAGUCCAAUCGCCAGAUAGUUCAAUGUGGGAAUCAUUUUUCAAUGACCAUUUAGAUAAUGAUUUCAUGAUAUCAUCACCUAUUAGGAACAACAUUAACCCUAAUUCACCACAAGCUUCUACUUACAAUAAUUCUAACUAUAAUAAUAACUAUGUACAAGGCAUGCAAAUUCAAACCUUUUCACCACCUCGUUUAAAUAGUUAUAAUAAUCAACAAAAAGGAAAAGGACUUAGUCCACUUCAUAGAGUUUUCAAUUCACCAAAUAACCAAUACAUGCAACAUGUUGAAAAUCUUUCAUUGCCAGCAAUUGAAGAGUUCUUAGAAGAUUAUCAAGUUGAUGUUGAUUUUUCAUCAACAAAGACUAUUUCUUCUUCUGAUCAAUGCUUUGACAUGGAGACACCGAUUUCGACAAUUUUGGAUAGUUUAACAAUGCAGAAUUCUUCAUCAAGGUAUGAAGAAUCCUCAGUUAUGCUUGGAGGUGGUGGCUCUUCUCAAAUGUCUCAAGAGAGUGAUAUGUAUCAUCAAAUGGGAUCUAUGGCUAGUGCUUCACUUUCACAAGCUUUACAACAAGAAAGGUAUCAAGAGAAACACCAAAAGUUGCAAGCACAACAACAAAGUCUAACAGUUCCUAUUCCAGUUGGAAUUGAACAGGAGCAAGACAGUGGACUUCAACUGGUGCACUUGCUUCUAGCUUGUGCUGAAGCAGUUGCAAAAGAAGAAUACAUGCUAGCAAGAAGGUACCUACACCAGCUCAACAGAGUAGUUACACCAUUAGGCGACUCCAUGCAACGUGUAGCUUCAUGUUUCACAGAAUCUCUGAGUGCAAGACUUGCUGCAACCCUAACAACAAAGUCAUCAUCUAUGAAAAAAAUAACACCACCAUCAUCAUCAUCAUCAUCCUCAUCAUCAAGUUUCUCUACCUUCCCAUCAAACGCUAUGGAAGUCCUUAGGAUCUACCAAAUUGUCUACCAAGCUUGUCCUUACAUAAAAUUCGCUCACUUUACUGCUAACCAAGCAAUUUUCGAGGCGUUCGAGGCUGAAGAGCGUGUCCAUGUCAUCGACCUUGAUAUCCUCCAGGGUUACCAAUGGCCUGCAUUCAUGCAGGCAUUGGCUGCACGGCCCGGCGGUGCCCCAUUCCUCAGGAUCACAGGUGUCGGGCCGUGCAUUGAAUCAGUUAGAGAAACCGGACGAUGCUUAACAGAGUUAGCUCAUUCUCUUCGCAUCCCGUUUGAGUUCCACCCCGUUGGAGAACAAUUGGAGGAUCUUAAACCACACAUGUUUAACCGUCGUGUAGGCGAGGCUCUAGCGGUUAACACAGUUAACCGCCUCCAUCGUGUUCCGGGGAACCAUCUGGGGAACUUGUUAUCUAUGAUUCGGGACCAAGCGCCGAACAUCGUGACCUUAGUGGAGCAAGAAGCAAGCCAUAACGGGCCAUACUUUUUAGGCCGGUUUCUCGAGGCCUUGCAUUACUACUCAGCCAUCUUCGACUCAUUGGACGCGACAUUUCCGAUGGAGUCAGCACCUAGGGCAAAGGUGGAGCAGUAUAUCUUUGCACCAGAAAUCCGGAACAUCGUGGCGUGUGAAGGGGAGGAGAGGAUAGAGAGACAUGAGAGGUUGGAAAAAUGGAGGAAGAUAAUGGAAGGGAGAGGGUUCAAAGGAGUAGCGUUGAGUCCUAAUGCGGUGACUCAAUCGAGAAUAUUGUUGGGUUUGUAUUCAUGUGAUGGGUAUAGGUUAACUGAGGACAAGGGUUGCUUGUUGCUUGGGUGGCAAGAUAGAUCCAUCAUUGCUGCUUCUGCAUGGCGCUGCUGA